AUUUACCCAGCAAACAAAAAUCAUACACACUAUGGAUAUACUGCUAUAUACACAUCCUAGAAGGACAUAUAUGGGUUCAACAGCAACAUAAUGCCAAGGUAUGACCUAUUUCCCAAGCUACCGUUGCUGGCAUAUGUGGACCGCGUACAUGUACGGUAUCGCCCAGGCCUGCGAAAUAGUGAGACUUGCCGCCAGUUCCUGCUGUCGCUGCUACGACCAGAAACAUCAAGGAGAUACCCUAACCUGAACUAUACAUACGAACUUCUGAGCUACGACGAUCGCCCAGAAAUAACAAUUACACUGUGUUCCAAAGUAUCGCACAGAUUCUACGCCGAUGAAUACUCACUGGAGGAUAUACGACGAGCUAUAGAUAAUGACCAGUACCAAGCACACCUGGCAUACAUGAAAGAACGUUCACUAGAAAUACCACGUGAAGAAGCUGACUGAUACACGAAAUUGUAUAUGUGCAACAAUUUAAUCGUAGUGACUAUAUCAGUGCCAAGGUAAAAUAGAAUUGUGGACAGAAACCAUCAUGGGUGCCAUUACAUUGCGAUUUUGCUAAACGAGUGUCCAGCAGGGCAGCUAUACAGUCUCCACGGGAGCGCCAAUAAUCAACAUCACAGGCAGAUGCUCGUCACCAGAAAGGUCUGCAAUACAAUACA